AUGCAGCGCGACCAGACAUCAGAUCUCUCCGGUGACCUCAAAAACGUGCACUUUGGCUCAGCAACCCGUGCUCCGGUAGCACCGAUGCUCAGCCUCUACUGUGUGUCGUCUGCCAUGGACGUAGACAACGAGAACAGAACGACGCAAAUUGCCGACAGCAAUGCCCUGACGGUACCACCAAACUCACCCUGGCAGCCUCUCGACGUCGCCAGGAUGACACAACCACCGCUCAACACAGAGCCCCAAGCAAUGGUGACUUUGCAUGGGUUCUUUGGCUCUGAGGGACCAGCUGCUCAAGUGAAAGGUACACCAACAGCCCUCCAAACCCUCGCUAUGGCCAUCUCGAAUGAUCUUAAAGUCUUCACAGGUGCUUCUGACGGCGACAUGAUAGUCGAGAGCGCGCUUCUCCCUCUACACAUCAGAGGCGUCGUACCAGACUAUCGCGCAAACGGUAUUCUCGAAGUUCAAGAUGCAACCGAAGCUGCGGCCCUCGGACUCACUCCUGAUCAGUUUGCGCUUUCUCCAGAGGAGAUGAGGGUGCUCGAUACUGCUUACCCCCCAUUCCUCUCUCAAAUCCGGGACGACAGUAAGUACUUCGACAUCGCCAAGCUUCUCGUAAUGCUCAAAGUCUUCGCAAGAUACUUCCAACACACUGGCAAGCGCUACCAGGUCCUCGUUCUCACAAAGAUGGAGGGCACGCAGGUUCUUGACGCAAAGGUCUUCUCUACCCAAGAGGGGGCGAACGAGACAGUCUUUCUCUACCGCAACAUUACUUUCAAUGGCUUCUUCGGUGGUGCUCCAUCUUACGAAGAGGCCUGGAUGCCAAUCUCCCUUGGUCAUGACGCGCCAAGACCGGCUCGUGAGCUUGACAUCCUCGGACGUCCUGCCGGACAGUAUGUCGACCAAUACGAAAAGCAAGCUAUCAGGCAGCCAAGCAAAACAAAGAAGCCAAAGCGUGCUCCAGCGCCACAGAACACCACUCCAGCACAAUCCUCUGGUCCCAGAAACAGGGCGAAGCCGAUUCACUCCGGGAUCGAUGUCUCUGCAUAUCACGGCAUGACACCUGCGGAAGUCUUCACCGCUGUCGAGCAAGAGCUCGCGGCUGGAACAAUAACAACCGAUGAGGUCGCCGGAGAACGACUUCUCCUCUUCGCUAUCGCUUGCAGCAACCGUGAAAUCCGAGACCUCCUCCAUCCCUACUGCGAGCGGAACUUCGAGACCCUCCCAAGCGACAAUAACGUCUACAAUGGACGUAUCCUCCCGGCCAUCAAACGUGCCCUGAAACCUGGACAGAGCUUCGAGAAAGCAAAGGUCGAGUUCGAUGACGCUCGUAAGGCUCACAACCUCAAGACAACCAGUGGUCUUCGUGGAAAGUCGACGAAGGAAGUCAAGAUCUCCUCUCUCCCUCGCAAGAGUCAGAGGGCGGUCAAGUAUGAUGAGCCAGCAGAUGAGGAGCCAGAAGCCGAUAUGUCUGACGACGACAUGGUCGAUGAUGGCGAGGCCACUCCUGCUCCUACACCUCGACCUACACGAAGCACACGCGGUGCCAAGCCUCGCGCAAGCUAUAGAGCCACCGCUGAUGAGUCCGAAGAUGAGGAAAUGGACGAUGCUGACGACACAGAGCAGGAUCGCGCCAAGGCCCGCUACAAGCGUGCUAAGAUGGACAAGGACGAUGAGGAUGAUGAAGACGCCGACUUCGAGCUUGAUGCUUGA